UAAAUACGACUUCAGUUUUAUUCAAGCCCAUAGUUCGUCGCAUUGGGACUGAGCUAUAAACACUUGCAAGGAUGAAGGUCUUUGGGCAGUAUUGGUUCCUUCAGGGACUUGUUACUGCGUGUAUGCUGGUCAAAAUAUCAGCUGCCUGUACAGCUGCUGCUGACUGCAAUACACCUAAGGGGGUUUGCACUGAUGGAAAGUGUGUCUGCAAAUCAGACUUUGCUGGCCCUGCUUGUGCAUCAGACAACCCGUGCAAAAGUGAAACAUGUAGCAACCACGGAACAUGUGAGCCAAGUGAAGAUGCCACCCCAGUAUCUGUCUGCACAUGUGAUACCGGCUACACUGGAACUAAGUGUGAAACAGAGGGAGUGUGUUCUAAGGAUGGGAAAGAAUGCCUCAGUGGAGGAAAAUGCGAAACAAGCAAGACUCCCACCACGUGUACUUGUGCAAGCGGUUACAAAGGAGCCAUCUGUCAAAAUGAGGGAGUGUGUUCUAAGGAUGGGAAGGAAUGCCUCAAUGGAGGAAAAUGCGAAACAAGCAAGACUCCCACCACGUGUACUUGUACAAGCGGUUACAAAGGAGCCACCUGUCAAAAUGCUGGAGGUACGGCGACAAUUUCAGCAUACCUGCUCCCACUGACUGUUGUCACGUUCUUUGUCAUCCAGUACACGACCAUUCCACGCUGACCACCAUACCCUGCUUGAAACUGCGUUCUUGUUUGACAUGGAGAAUUCUGCUAUGUUUACAGCAAAUCAAAUUAUACUAAAUUGUAAAUCUUUAAAAUGAUUUGAGUUCAAAGAUAUUUACCAUACAAGUAAUUUGUUUUGUUUUUUGGUUGUUUGUGUAUACCAUUGUUGACUUAAUCCCAUUUGUUCGAAUCAAAAUCUGUAUUUGUUUGCAGUGUUGCCUUUGUGUGUGCUAUUAUGGAUAACGCCAUACCAUUUGAUUCUUGUAAUAAUGUAACGUUUGGUAAAUGGUCAAAUCCUCCUUGUUAGCAUAAGGUACAUGCUGCGUUUAUCAUUGAUUGAUUAGUUGUGUUUAAGAGACUAAAGGUUACAGUGCUAUCAGUCAGUAUGCUAUACAGGAGCUUUUGCGUGGAUUUUGUUUCUGAUGACAUUUAAGAACUAUCCCAAUUAACAAUUUGAAAGAUCCAUUAACAUUUCUCGAAACAUAUCUCGGGCCUGUCAGCCAGUGAUUCUGGUCAUAGUCUGCCUCAUGACAAUGUUAUUACCUCACUGUAGAUAAGAAGACUAAAUUCUCCCCUGUUUACCUUUAGGCCAUUGAUAACAUGUUACUGAUGACGUGGACCUGUCCCCCAGUGACCACUGACACAGAGUAAAUGUCAUCUACUUCUUAUCUAUAGUGACACUCACAAUCACAUGAAAGUCUGCGGAUGUAUAGUAAUGUGUGUUAGCAAAAUUGGUAAGUCUUCCGAAUAAAUAUUACCUGCACGUA